GAAGGCAAACUCUCUCUGGUGUUACACAGCCCUGUGAAGACAAGCUCUCCCUGGUGUUACACAGCCCUGUGAAGGCAAGCUCUCUCUGGUGUUACACAGCCCUGUGAAGGCAAGCUCUCUCUGGUGUUACACAGCCCUGUGAAGACAAGCUCUCUCUGGUGUUACACAGCCCUGUGAAGGCAAGCUCUCUCUGGUGUUACACAGCCCUGUGAAGACAAGCUCUCUCUGGUGUUACACAGCCCUCAUACAAUAUCAUGUAACUGUUUCUGUUUCCAUGUUUCAGGAUCUGACUCAAUACGAGGAAGGUGUUCUUAAUAUGUUGUACAUUCAGUGUAUAUUUAUAUCACAUCCCAUAUACCAUGUAAUCCUACACACGUUGUUUCCAUGCCUUCCUGCAGGUCAGGAGGUCAUACAGGACCGUAUAGUCGGAGGUUACGCUCCAGCCCCCAAUUCCAUCAAAUACAUUGUGUCCUUACAGACCACCAAGGGACAGCACUUCUGUGGCGGAUCGUUAGUACACAAGUACUGGGUGCUUACAGCCGCUCACUGUAACAUAGGGUCAGAUCAGAUGAUGAUUGUAGCAGGGGACUACUCUCUGAGUAUGUUUGAGGGAACGGAGCAGUAUUCCAAACCUCACAGAAUUAUCCCCCAUCCUCUGUACAACAAGACCACCAACAAUGCUGACAUCAUGCUCAUCAAGCUGAGGGUUCCCAUGGUGAUGGGUAGCUAUGUGUCCCUGGCACCCCUCCCUCGGCAGGGUACAGGGGUUAUGGCGGGGCGGGUGUGUCGUGUGUCGGGGUGGGGGUACACCUCUCUGGGAGGGGGUCAGAUCCCCUCCACCCUGCGGACUGUCAAGCUGCCCAUCGUGUCAUCGGCCAGGUGCAACAGCAGCGAGUCUUUCAAUGGGAACAUCACCUCCAACAUGAUCUGUGCCGGAUACAAUGCUGGGGGCAAGGACGCGUGCAAGGGAGAUUCCGGCGGGCCGCUGGUGUGCGAGGGGCGUGUCUACGGUGUGGUCUCAUGGGGAAACGGCUGCGGAGAUGCCAAGUUUCCGGGCGUUUACACAGCGGUGUCCAAGUUCCGGCGGUGGGUCGACAGAACCAUCUACAGCUCCUACACACGCUGUCUGAAGUAUUAAAGAGAAGUAGAGUGGGGGGGGAGAGAGGGAAGAGAGAGAGAGAGAGAGAGGUA